GACUUUUUCUUGUAUAAUGGUGGCAACUAUCAGUUUGAGUUUACUCGAAUCCGCUUGCUUGUCCGCCGUAUACGAGAAUAUCGAGAUGGACAGCAAGGGGAGAAAAAUUAUCGUCUGUGACAAUGGCACGGGGUUCGUCAAGUGCGGUUACGCUGGUGCGAAUUUUCCGGCUCAUAUAUUUCCAUCUAUAGUUGGACGACCUAUAAUCAGAGCUGUCAAUAAAAUUGGUGACAUCGAUGUGAAGCAAGAAUAUUGUGUUCGUGAUGUGCUUAACAUGCCUGAUUUAAUGGUUGGCGAUGAAGCGAGUAAACUUCGUUCUAUGUUAGAAAUUAGUUAUCCCAUGCAAAAUGGAAUUGUCAGAAAUUGGGAGGACAUGUGCCAUGUGUGGGACUAUACAUUCGGCAAGGAAAAGAUGAAUAUUAAUCCUAGAGAAUGUAAAAUUCUUUUAACCGAGCCACCGAUGAAUCCUAUUACAAAUAGAGAGAAAAUGAUCGAGGUGAUGUUUGAAAAGUACGGUUUUGCUGGAACAUAUAUCGCGAUUCAAGCAGUAUUAACAUUAUAUGCUCAAGGACUAAUCAGCGGCGUUGUUGUGGACUCUGGUGAUGGUGUCACGCACAUCUGUCCCGUGUUCGAGGAGUACGCUUUACCGCAUUUGACUAGACGAUUAGAUAUAGCUGGACGUGAUAUCACGAUGUAUCUCAUUAAAUUGCUAUUAUUACGUGGUUACGCGUUUAAUCAUUCAGCCGAUUUUGAAACUGUUAGGAUGUUAAAAGAGAAACUGUGUUAUAUCGGUUACAACAUAGAGACAGAGGAAAAGUUGGCACUUGAGACUACUGUAUUGGUGGAAUCCUAUACUCUUCCUGAUGGGCGUGUAAUAAAAGUAGGUGGUGAGAGGUUUGCGGCGCCGGAAGCGCUUUUCCAACCACAUUUGAUUAACGUCGAGGCGCAGGGAAUAGCCGAACUGGUAUUUAGCACAAUUCAAGCAGCUGAUAUCGAUAUAAGAAGCGAGCUAUAUAAGCAUAUCGUUCUGAGUGGCGGUAGUACAAUGUAUCCAGGACUUCCAUCGAGGCUAGAGCGAGAAAUUAAGCAACUUUACCUUCAAAGAGUAUUGAAAAAUGAUACCACUAAAUUGAAUAAAUUUAAGAUAAAAAUUGAAGACUCACCUCGACGUAAAGAUAUGGUCUUUAUGGGCGGUGCCGUGUUAGCCGAAAUAACGAAGGACCGAGAUUCUGUGUGGAUAACGAGGGAAGAGUACGAAGAAAAAGGUCUUAGUGUACUAAAAAAAUUAGGUUCCUACGAAUCAUAGAGAAAAAGUCAUUGUAACGUAAGUUACAUUUUUUAACGACCAAUUAAGUGUUUUUAUAUCUAUAAAAGUGAUUUUGAGAGUUUGAUAAUUUACUGUAUAAUUGUAAAAACAAGACAUGUCAAAAUACCUACUGGCUGUUUGAUACUAAAACAAAUAUUUUUCUUUUUUUUCUCUUUUUUGUGUUUAUGCACAAAUUAUGAUAUAAUCAGAUACGACAGGUACGACAGGUAAAGAAUAUUAUAUAUAUAGUCGAGAAUACAUAGUAGAGUAAUAUUUUUCUUUUUUUUUUGCGCUUAUACGUAAAUUACAAUAUGAAUUUGACUCUGACAAGUAAAGGAUUUCAAUAAUUUAAAGAAUUUAAAUAGUUUAAAAAUCAAGGAUUAUAUAGUAGAGUACCGUAAUUCCACUAAAACAUCAAUU